UUUCGAUUUUGGUGGGCCCAGUCUCCCAACCUUAUCUGAGUUCCGGAAGAUGGCUUCCACUGCACGUGUUGUCUGUUGGCAAAACCGUGACGAAUGGCUCCACGUUUACAGAACUUUAUACAAUUUCGGUGAUCCAGAAGGUCAGAAAAGCGGAAUAGAUCGUGUGGCCGUCUGGAAAAGCCGCAGUAUGGGUAAACUUCCCCUUGCUGUCGAAAGCACGGCAAAUCUCAUUUCGGCUCAUUUGGACCAAGGUCGGUUGACUCUUGCGAUGGCGAUAGUGCGCUUCGUAAAUGGAAUGGUUGAUCAGGAUCAGAAAGGAAAGUUUGCUCGCUCAGUGCAAACAAUUGGAGAAGAAAUAGGUCUACCUAAGUGGCUUGUUGAUAUACGACACGAAUCGGCACAUCAAAAUUUGCCUUCCUUAGAAACUCUCCGUUGUGGCGUAAGAGCAAGUUUGUCAUGGUUGCAAAGUGAAUACUGGGAAGCACAGCUCGAAAUUCACAAUAGAAACGUAAAAAAACUAACGGAGUUACUCGAAAAAUAUGGGAAACUAGCCUUAAGACCCACUGUCAAGAGUAAAAAGAAGUGUAAGGACAAGACUAAAAACAGACUGACAGAACUGUCAAACCCUAUAGCUGAGUUGGUAUCUAGGAGCAAUCUUUGGUCUCUUUUGCCAAGUCUUUUGUUCCAGAAAGGCGUGUUAGUCCCAUCUUAUGUGCACUUGAAUGCAUCAAGUAUCAAGAAAUCAACCAAAGAUGGCCACUUUCUAGUUGUAGGUACCUCUGAAGUUAUAGGAGAGAUAUUUAAGAACUGGAAACCAUUGAUAGAAGUACUUGUUAAAUUGUCUCCAGAAUUUUUAAUAUCUGCGAUACAUUACCUCCUUGUGGGAGAUCAGUCCAUCAUCAUGGAUAAAGAUGAGGAUCCAUCUCUUUAUUACACUGAAUGGUUGAAACAUUUCCUACAGUUGCUGUUGAAAGAAAUGCCUGGUGAGGUUCCCUUGAUGAACAUUUUAAAAAUUGCCCUGGAAAAUCCAACACAGUCUUCUUUGACAGUUAUUUCCAUAAUUUUAGAGAAAAUGCACUCAAUUGAUUCUACCUUGAAAGACAAAGUACAGCAUCUUGUUGAAAUUUUUCUUCAGCAACACACUCUAGAAUGUUGUUGUAGUAGUCAUUUAGAAGAAUUUCAAGAUUCAAAUCUGGAAGAGUGGAUGGCACGGAGAAGCAAAACUUGGGCUAAGACUGAUGUUCAACAAGAUGAGGGAGUUCCUCAAUGGCAACAAGGCAGCCACCAGGAUUCAACUUUGUGGCAUUUAAUUCCAUUUGGGGAAGUUCUCGGAACAAAUAAUCAUUUAGAGUUAUCACUGUGAUUUUGAUAGAUUAAUUUUUCACACUUUCCAUAAUGUAAUUUGUUAUGUUUAUUAAUAAGGUUUAGAAUGGAUAGUUUCAUCCAAGGGGGGAUUAAAAUAGAUAAUUACUUUAAUUAACAUAAAGCUGUUUCCAGAAAGGUUGUCAGAAAAAAGCAUCAAAGUGCACACAAUAACCUUUAAAGGUAUUGUAGGUAGUUUUCAGGUCACAGGUCCUCAACCUUAGGAUUUUAGGGAAAUCUGAUAAUAACAUCACUGCAAGGAAGAGGCAUUGCAAGUUUGAGGAAUUUAUUUCUUUUUCAAGACUGACAUUCAAUUCUAAACUUGAUGAAAAACAGAAAAAAGUACAAACUGACUCUGACAAAGGAUGAAAAGUUCAAAGUGACAUAAAGAAGAAUGUUUACAAGUUAAUGUUCUAUUGUUUUUUUCUUGUAAUUGCUUGUAUGGUGUUUUUAUCCCCUGUUCAUUUGUCCUUUUGUCAAUAUUCAUUUAUUUCACCUGUUAAAAUUACUUAAAUGAUAUUUGGUUGACUUAUGGUUGACUGACACUUGGUCAUAGUCUGUUGCUGUCGUAGUUGAGAUGUUGGCUGGCUUUGAAGAGGAAGAUUCUCGUUUUGUUAGAGGUAGGAACUCUGUGCUACUUCAAACAGAAAACUUGAAAAAUUAUUGCAGAGCAAUAAGUUUGUUACUUCUUUUGAUUUCUUUGGAAUUAUCAAAGAUGAUCUUCGUGGAAGAAGCCUGAAUUUAUCUCAGUUUAUUUAGAAGACCUCAAUACCAUUACAAAGUUGUGUGUGCUCAGCACUUAUGAAUGGCAGCUAAUGGUAUACAUUCCAGGGAUACAUCAACAAUUAACCAAUGUUUCUAUUUAUCUUCAAAGAUGUUCCUGUAGAAAUUUGAGUUAAGAAAUGUAUUAUGAAAGUGAUCCUUGCAGGGAUGAACAUUACUUUAAAAGCAGUAGUAAAAAGAAGGCCUGAAAAUAAAUUUAGGCCUGUACAUUUGGACCUGAAUUUUUUAAUUUCUUAAAAAAAGAAACUGCCAUGCGCAUAUGAGAUCUUCAUACAUUCUUAGUCAGAGUAAAGUUACUUAGAAUGCUCUUGUAGGUUUUAUCAUUGAGCUUCCUAGGUUUUGGUUUCUAAUUACCAACAUCUCCCAAUGUAUGCUUGGUUAAAUUGAAAAAUUCUCAUGCUCUAUUCACAACAAUAUCUAGAAUCAUGCCUCUCUUAAUCCCCAAAUCUGAAUUCCGGAUCUCCCAAAAAGACCCCUGAUACUUGUCACAUUUGCAUUUAAAUGAGCUAUCGCUCAUAUGCGAUAUGUGGUAAAUAAAGUUACUUACUUACUGGG